GGACGGCUGGGGAUGUUUUCAAACCCAGCAAUAAACUGGACGUCACACAUAGCCCGUAGUCUAGCUACUGUUCAUGUUCAAUAUUUUGGGAAAUUACUGUUUUACAAGCUACGUAGUUUUAUCUUCACGAUCUGAAUGAACAGGCAGAACCUGAUGGGUAUUGAAAAGGUCCAUGAUGAGUGUGCUGGGCCGUAGCUAGUCACGCGGUGGGAGGGAGGGCGCCCAGGAUGACGUCCGCACCACCAGCACAAUGCACCAUGGCCAAACCUGGGACAGACCGAGAUGGAGCCAUGGUUGGGAAGAAGAACAAAGAUAAGAUUCCCCCGUUCACAAAGACUCUGAAGUUGGACCGGAGUAAGUUGUUGGGGGUUAAGGAAGGAAAACCACCCAAGUCUUCCAUGAAACGCAAACUGUCCUUCACCAUGAGCCCCCCUCGCAACGAGGAGAGACACUCCGACACAGAUGAGUCAGUCCCAGACCAGUCCACUGAGUCCUGGGGAGAGUCUGAGGGGAGGUUAGUGACUCCCUGCAGGAUGUACUCAGCAGAUAAAGAUGGCCCGGAUAAGAAGAAAGUCAAGAAGGAGUCUGGGGGGAGUAAGAAGGCCCCGGUUAAUCUCCUGUUUGGCUACCCGCUGUCAGAACGCAAGCAGAUGGCCCUCCUGAUGCAGAUGACCGCCAGGGACAACAGCCCAGACUCGACUCCUAGCCACCCGUCCCAGGCCCCCACGGUGCAGAAGAAGCUCCCCAGCAGCACGGCCUCCAGAGCGAGGGACAAGGUGAACAAGAGGAACGAGCGUGGCGAGACGCCGCUACACAUGGCCGCCAUACGAGGGGAUGCCAAGCAGGUCAAGGAGCUCAUCGGCCUCGGAGCUGACGUCAACAUUAAAGACUUCGCAGGCUGGACGCCCCUUCACGAGGCGUGUAACCUUGGUUACUACGACGUGGCCAAGGUUCUGAUUGCAGCCGGAGCAGAAGUCAACACUCAGGGUCUGGAUGACGACACUCCACUCCACGAUGCCUCCAGCAGUGGACACACAGACAUUGUGAAGCUGCUGCUGACACACGGAGGAAAUGCGUUCCAGGCCAACAAGCGAGGGGAGCGGCCUGUAGACGUAGCUGAUUCUCAGGCGCUGGAGCUCCUCCUAAAGGGAGAGGUGCCCCUCUCAGACCCAGAGGAUAGCCCCUCAGAGUCAGAAGGCCCUCCGUCGGUGAAUCCCUCCAGCGUGGACGUUGAUGACGACCACCUGGAUGACUCGGACGUGGAAAAGGAUUCUGAAGGAAAGCAGAGCACCGUGAAGGCCUCAUCCUCCAUGUCCGGCUUGGAUGAGUAUGAGUUCAAAGACGAAGAGGACUUGAGUAAAGCCCUGAACGAUCGACACAUCCUCCGGAGAGAGCUGAGGGAGAAGGAAAGGAAUCAUUUGGUGAAGCAGAGCAAUAAAGGGGGCGGGAGCGGCUCAGUCCAGUCCUCGAAGUCUAAGAAGACGUCGUCCCGUGUUCGCUACUGCAGCUCGGAUAGUUCCAGUGAUGAGAUGGAGAUGCCAACAGAGAGAAGGAGCUCUCCGACCUGCUCCAACGGCUCCGAUGGACACAAGGCGUCAGACGCCAGCAGGACUAAGAAAGAGAACCUCUGCAGCCUCACGACUUCCGAACAGAAAGACAAAAGCAGCAAAGUCAAGAAAAAGAACAAGAACCAGAGCAAGAACAAAGAGAACCAGGAGGACGGGAAGGAGAACAGCAAAGCUCUGGUGUUUUCCGUAGCCACCGUGUCUGUGUCGGAGACACACAUGGACAAGAACAGCCGAGGACUCUGUGGGGACGAGGACUUGUUCAAAAUCUCCUUCAGUCCCAAGGACGACUCGUCCGUCCACCUUUUCCACCUGUCCGCCACCGUCAAGUCCCCUAAGCUCAACCACGGCCUGGCCGACAAGCAGCCGUCCUCCAACCCGCUCAAACAGGAGAACGCCAAGAUGACGUGCGUCUCGAUUGCCGAAGGCCCCUGUCCGCCGGAUGGUGUCAAGUACAACCACUACAACCCAGAGUCGGAGUUCUGCACAGAGAGCUCCAGUAGUAAAGGCUGCAAGCACAAGGAGAAGAGCAAGCACCACCAGAAGGACGUCGCCGUGGACUGUAGCGUCGGGGGCGGCGGCUCCAGUUCGCAUAAUAAAGAACGCAGCGUGGUCCACAGCUCUGACGGUGGUGCCUUACGGAAGACGGACAAAGAUGGCAAAGUGGUCAAAAAACAUAAACUAAAACACAAGGAGAAGAACAACCACUGCAGGGAGUAUGAGGCGGACAGGGAGAGGAACCGCCACCGGCAGAAGGAGGGCGGCAGGAAGGACGGCCAAAAGAACCAGGAGUUCGACAGGGAGUUCUGGAAAGAGAACUUCUUCAAUGACGACGAACCUCCGCCUCCAGGGAAAACUGAGACCGAGAGGGAGGACGGCUCUCCUGUGACGGAAGAGAGGGGGACGAAAGAAAUAUACCCCUCUAGCAUCGGCAAGGAGACGAGGCUGAGAGAGGUGCAAGAGAAGGAUAAAGACAAGGUGGUGAAGAAGGAAGGGAAGGAAACCUCUGCUGUCUGUAAAGAGAAAGGAGGAAAAGAUGGGAAGUCCAGUGAGCAUGAGGAGAGGACAGAGUGCCUCAGCUCCACCUCUGGACUGACUACCUCUCUUCCGGAGGAGACGCAGCAUAACACUACAAGCGUGAAAGAUGAACCGGAGGAUAAACCGGUACCGGAGACCAUGUCUACGGCUGAUCUAGCCCGACUGGAUGCCUCUGAGAAAGACCAGCGGGACAAAUCUGACAGGAGGCCUUCUGUAAAAGAACGGGAGACUGAUAAAAAGAAUCCCGAUAAGGAGAAGAAGGUUAAGAUGGAGCACCUGGAGAAAUCAGAGAAUUCGCAAAAUUCCAUGGAUCGCUGGAGGGAGAAGGAGAGGAUGGCGUCUGGCUCAUCUCAUUUGUCCCCUGGUGACAAGAACCACAAAGAGAGCGAAAAGCUCAGAGCCUUGUCCACGACAAAAAAACAUGAAGAGAGCAAGGACAAGAAGAGCAAAGAGAAGCCCGAUAAGAAGAGCGAGAGGGAGAGGCAGGAGAGAGAGUACAGAGACAAAGAUAGGAUAGGCUGGGAUAACAAAGGAAAACCACCUUCAGAGAAAUGCACUGAUCAAAGUAAAUUGGAUCGUGCAAAGGAGAAAGACAAAGACUGCGAUAAGAAGAAAAGGGAAAAAUCUAAAGACUGCUCUUCAUCUUCCUCUAACCUGAAGCUCCCCUUGGAGGAGAAGAAAGGCUAUGUGUCUGAAAGUGGCAAGACCACACCAGCAAAACCGCUAAAGGAGGAGGUCCUGAAAACGCCAGAGAAAGACCGAGACCGAAGAGACAGAGAAUCCAGAGACUUUGACCGGCACAGAGAUCGAGACAAAGAUCGUCACAAGAGCGACAAGGACCGUUCCAAGGAGGGCAGCAAGGCCUGUAAGACCAAAUCCAACGAGACUGAGACUGACCGAGACAACAGGUCCAAAGCUAAAGCCUCACCUGCCACCCGGGAAGAGAAGCGACCCAAAGAGAAACGUCUGGUCAACGAGGACCUGAGGCAGACCAGCUUCGAACGAAUGCUGAGUCUGAAGGACCAGGAGAUUGAACAGUGGCACCGGAAGCAUCUAGAAAAGAUCAAACAGAAGGAGCGGGAGAGGAUGAAACAACGACCCUCCUCUGCGACAACAGACCCAGGGAAGCUCAAAAGCAAAGCCAAGACGAUGUCCUUGUCAUCUGGAGAACAGUGUUCGAGCAAAGAACUGCUUCGUUCCAAGAGCUCCGAAGGCUCUGGCGACGCUCAUGGCCGGGACCGAGACAAACCUAUAAAGGAGAGCACCAGCUCCAGGACCAUGUCCCUAGACGGGAAGACACUCUCCUCCCUCAGUGGGAAGUUGAUGGCUGGUAUUGAGAACAGCUUGAGCAGGUCCCCCAGGCCGGAGAGCGAGCGGUCGGAUCUCAUGUCCAGAUCCGUGUCCAUGUUCUCCAUGGCCAGUUCUGAGGACUCCUGUCAGGCAACCAUGUUGAUGCCGAGACCCGUAGAGUACGACUCGGAUAUGACCCUGGAUGCCUCCCAGGACUCUCAGCCGCUUUUCCAACUGUCUUCCCUCCUCUCACAGUCUAGAUCACCUGCCGUUCACGACAAAGACCACAACGGUCUUCCAGACUCAGCUCAAGGUAACAGGACUCCGCUGCAGAGCCGACACACUUCCCCUUACCUUAUAGCUAUUCUGGACGAGGAAGCAAACUCUGCGACGGCGGGUAAACAUUUUGAAACUCUGUCAAAGGCCAGCGUGGUGCCUGCUGCUCAACCAAAUGAAGAGCCUUCAGGUUUUCAGCUUCCUUCAGAAACCUGUGCAGAUCUGGAGGAGAGCCAGAGUCAAAGGGGUCCUACUCAGAUGCUUCCAAAUCUCCCUAAUGCAAGAACAUAUGCAGAUCUCAACACUGAGAGUGAAGGUAGCACCGCUCCAAGAACCGAUGCAGAUUUCAACACCGCUUCAGGUGUCCGUCUUCCACCUCAAGUGUCCAACACCAGAGAUCCUCUUGUAAAGGACUCCUCAACACUUCAACAGGCUAGUGUCCAACAGCUAGCUACGCCAGAACGGAGAGGGUUUUCUUCCACCUCUGAUCCUCUCCUAAUACGGGACGUCCAGUGUAUCCCCGUUGAGACCUUCACUGCAGCGCCCGAAUGUAGCACGAAGUACUUGACGCCACUGGUGACAUUAUCUUCUCUAUCCUGUCAACUGCUGUUCUCCAGCACCGAAACAAACUCCUCUCUCUCUGCUAGCCAGUCACGGGAAACCCUUCCAAACACCAGUACGGUGACCUCACAGCAGACGAAGACUGAGGUUGGUGGAGAUUUGGCUCUUGAUCCUAAAGAUACAACUCCAGUUGAGGGUGCAGCCAGCAGCUCUGAAAACAGAGCAGCUGUAGAGAGCCUUGACAGUGUGUUAGGAGCGUCUCGACCAGGAGCGAUGGACAACCCAGUAGCAUCCACCAGCAGUGUUAGUACAGAGGAAUCUAUGCAGAGUAGAACCAAUGAAUCUCAAGAGGACAUGGACACUGACGCAAGCUUUCAGGAUUGUAAGCAAUCCAGAUUCUCCAGUGACGUUGUCGACUCCAGCGAUCCUCAACCGGGGAAAAACGAUCAUGCUAGCCAGCAUACACUAUCUACUGUGUCGCGAUGGCCGUGCCUUGAACACAAAUCGGAAGAAACUUCUGAUACACCUGACAACACAUUGGAGAAGAGCAGAGGUCCUGAGGUCAUGUCAACAGGAAGGACUAGUUGUCGGUCUUCGUCAGAGGGCAGUAAUAUGGUCACCGUCCCUGAGGUGAAAUUAGAGCCAUGCCCAGAGCCAAUGGAAGUGGCUUCUACCUCUGAGGAGAGAUCAGAAGGACAGACACUGUCCGGUGCUUCUGGACAGUUUAGCAACUUCCAGCAAGGCUCGCAGACAGACCAGAGUGGUAGUAGUGGUAGUUACAGCUGCAGUGGGUUCUCUGCAAGCUCUUCCCCCCAGUCUGGGGACAGAGACUCUGACUCCUCCGGGGCUAAGGCCAAGGUCCGCUCCCUAACCAUGGAAGAGGACCAGGACGUCCAGCAGACACACCCCAGGAAGAGGAAAAUGCCAAGGAUGUCUACCUCAAACCACGCCGGAGGCAGCACACAACAGGGGAUGGAGAAGCCUCAGCCGUCUCUGGCGGCCAUCGUUGACUCUCUGAAGCUGGAGGAGAUUCAGCCGUACCAGACGGAGAGGGCCAACCCUUACUACGAGUUCCUGCACAUCCGCAAGAAGAUCGAGGAUAACCGCAAAGUGCUGCUGAGCGUCACCCCCCAGCCGCCGCAGUAUUACGACGAAUACGUGACGUUUACAGGAUCGUACCUGCUAGACGGGAACCCCUUCGGUAAACUCUGUAUUCCGACUAUAACUCCCCCUCCGUCUCUCCCGGACCAACUGAAGGAGAUGUUUAAGCAACAGGAAGUUGUUCGUAUGAAGCUACGCUUGCAGCACAGCAUCGAACGGGAAAAGUUAAUUGUUUCCAACGAACAGGAAGUGUUACGAGUUCACUACCGGGCUGCCAGAACACUAGCCAAUCAGACGCUCCCGUUUAGUGCGUGCACCGUGCUAUUGGACGCAGAGGUGUACAACAUGCCGCAGGAUGCCCAGGCAAGUGGCAUGAUGUCACGUACUGUAGAAUCGGGAGACCAAGAUGGCAAGACGUCUGUGAGGGAUCGUUUCAACGCCCGCCAGUUUAUGUCCUGGUUGCAAGACGUGGACGACAAGUUCGAUAAACUCAAGACGUGUCUUCUGAUGAGGCAGCAGCACGAGGCAGCAGCUCUUAAUGCUGUCCAGCGUCUCCAUUGGCAGCUGAAACUCCAGGAGCUGGAUCCAGUCGUGUACAAGUCCACCUCCAUCUUCGAGAUACCCGAGUUCUACAUCCCCCUGGUAGAGGUCAACGACGACUUUGACCUCACGCCCAUAUGACCCGUGACCUUUAGGCUACACGACCCACGGUAAGGGUCAGGCAGAGGACUGAUGAGGACGGAUCAUCUAGUGGCCAUCUACCUCGAACAGGAAUGAAGUGAUGGAGGGGGGCACAUGUUAGAAGGAAUGAAGUAGAGAGAAGAAAGGUCAAGCACUGAAGUUGACGGAACUUGGGGGUGUGGUAGAUCACCGCUCUUGGGGGUGCGUGGUUAGAGAGCACCGCUCUUGGGGGUGCGUGGUUAGAGAGCACCGCUCUUGGGGGUGCGUGGUUAGAGAGCACCGCUCUUGGGGGUGCGUGGUUAGAGGGCACCGCUCUUGGGGGUGCGUGGUUAGAGGGCACCGCUCUUGGGGGUGCGUGGUUAGAGAGCACCGCUCUUGGGGGUGCGUGGUUAGAGAGCACCGCUCUUGGGGGUGCGUGGUUAGAGAGCACCGCUCUUGGGGGUGCGUGGUUAGAGAGCACCGCUCUUGGGGGUGCGUGGUUAGAGAGCACCGCUCUUGGGGGUGCGUGGUUAGAGGGCACCGCUCUUGGGGGUGCGUGGUUAGAGGGCACCGCUCUUGGGGGUGCGUGGUUAGAGGGCACCGCUCUUGGGGGUGCGUGGUUAGAGGGCACCGCUCUUGGGGGUGCGUGGUUAGAGGGCACCGCUCUUGGGGGUGCGUGGUUAGAGGGCACCGCUCUUGGGGGUGCGUGGUUAGAGGGC